UUCCUCGUUUCUACAACAUACGCGACCAAAGCGAGCACUCCAGCCGCUGUGCCUUUCUAUCGGCCCCAACAGCCAACGACCGCAAGAAAAUUGACAGGAUCCGGCUGAAGGUCUCAGAAUCUGGAUGGCACAGGCGCUUGUUACUGCGCGUCAAGAACCUGAAGUUGAGUCCAAGUGCGUCGUAUGUCAUUGAAUCUUCCGGCGGAUGAGGGCCUGUUUCGUGUCGAUUCCGGACCGUCGUAAGAUAUGCUCCGUCGAAGUCACAAAAAGUCCAAAGAUGGCUGUGCUGAAUGCAAGCGACGCCACGUCAAGUGCGAUGAGGCUCGACCCUCGUGCCGACUCUGCGUCCUCUCGGAUCGUGUCUGCGCCUACACCUCCCAAGGCUCAGCCCUACAGGUGAAUCCCCCCUCUGGGACACCCUCACAGGAAGGUUCCUGUAGUCCAGCACCCCAUUCAGAGCCCAAUGGAAGGCCCAUACCCGUCGCUGUUCGGCCCAACCUGGAGGGCCUCGCUGGUAACUCUGACAAUGGUCACACGGACACUGAUGAGGUCAACCUCGACCACAUGGAGCUUCUCAUCCACUUAACUGUCGAUGAGAACGUCUUCAGCCUCGCUGACCGCGUCGAAGACUACAAGUUGGCCAUGUCCGUCGGUCUCCCCCUCGCCCACGCCACGCCCUACCUCCUCUACCAGAUGCUCGCCUUCUCCGCGCGCCACCUCGCCCACCUCCAUCCGGAUCGCUUCCCCAAGUACCACAACCUCGCUGUCAACCUGCAGACCCGCGCCGUCUCGCUCUUCAACGCUUCAGGCACCGCGCUCACCCAGAAAAACUGCGUGCCCAUGCUUCUCUUUGCUACCAUCCUCGGCCACCACCUUUUUGCGGACAUGCUCUCGCAGAGGGAAGACGGCGGCUUCCAUGCCUUUAUCACCCGCUUCACGCACUGCUUGGAGCUACACAGGGGCAUCCACACCAUCUUCACGGCCGCCAAGCCUGUCUUGAUGAAGUCGCCUCUGGAGCCGGCUCUGAAGGGGAGCAUGGAUCUCACGUCACGAGACCCGACAGGAGACGACUGCGACGAACUGAUGAGACUGAUCUCCAGCUCGUCCCAGCUCACAGCGUCCCAGAAAGAAUCAUGCCUCGCCGCCACGCGCUUCUUGCAGGUCGGCUUUGACUCCUCCGCCGAUGGUGACGAGGCCCCCCAACGCCAUCAAAUGUGCUUCACGUGGAUGCUUCUGGUGCCGCCCGAGGUGACAACCUUGAUGGCAACGUGCCAGCCAGAGGCUUUAGCGAUCUUGUUUCAUUACGCAUUGCUCUUGCACUCCAGUAGUAGUAUCUGGCAGAUUGGCGCAUCGGGCGGGUAUAUCAUGGGCAAGGUCGGUACGUUCCUUGGCCCGAGCUGGGAUCACUGGCUCAGUGCUGCUCGACGGAAAACGGCACAAUCUCCAUUAGCCGCGGCACCACCGAGUGUUGUCUGAAAGAAUCUACUGGAUGGCGUACAAUUGGGGAACGUGCAUAGAGGCCAGGGGCCAAGACACCAACUGCAUGAGCUCGUAGCCGCCAGGCAAUCCUACUGGGGUAGAUGCAAACGCGACCGCGUGAG